GCAACCCAGCAAAUGGAGCUCCCAGAUCCCACAAUCGAACCCUGCACUGACCACAGAUGACAGACCCUCUGUGUCAGGCACAAGGCGUAACCUACCAUCACCACCACACAUCUGUCUCCUCUAACCCCAAAUGCCAGGUCUUCCGAUUUCUGAGGCUGGGUCUAGCGGAGCCACCCUGCCCAGGCUCCACCGAGUGAAGGCAUUCCUCCACCAAAACUCAAAGAGACUGCGGAGAAGCUUCAUGAAUUUUUCACAAGAUUUGUCUAAUAGUGGCUGAGCAGAGCUGAGAAAGCCACAGUCAAGUGCCUGUGCCAGCAGCUUGCGAAGAGUUAACCCAUUAGGCCACAUCCUGGUGAGCUCAUCCUGGCUGGGGACUGCCUGCUCCCUUGCUGGGAUUCGCAGCACAUUGACUUCUGGAUGUGGCCGGGGCACCUUUCUCCGGCUGGGAUGAAGGACUUGAGCAGAAACUCAUCACUGGCUUCUGCCCUGGAUGAACACCGAGCAAGUCCCAGGAACUCUGUCAUCCUCUGGGACACUAAGGACACUUCAGCACAAAAACCCUGUAUUACCCCCUGAGAGCCAGGCUGGCGGCAGAUGCUGACUGUACAAAGGGCAAGUGAAGAUUCCUUCAGCCUCAUCCUUGAUUCUGUCUCCAGGCCUCUGGUCCUGAGCAUCCAUGACAAUGGAGGAGCUCCCCAAGGUCCUGGAAGUCGAUGAGAGUUCCCCAGAAUCCAAGGACCUGCUGCCCAGCCAGACUGCCAGCUCUCUGUGCAUCAGCUCCAGAAGUGAGUCCGUCUGGACCACCACCCCCAAGAGCAACUGGGAGAUCUAUCGCAAGCCCAUUGUCAUCAUGUCUGUGGGCAGCGCCAUCCUGCUGUUUGGUGUGGUCAUCACCUGCUUGGCCUAUCUCCUAAAUAUGAAUGCAAAGACCACUGCAGUCCUUAAGAUGACAGGGCCCGCUUUCCUGUCUUUGGGACUGAUGACAGUCGUGUGUGGGCUGGUGUGGGUGCCCAUCAUCAAAAAGAAGCAGAAGCAGAGGCAGAAGUCAAAUUUCUUUCAGAGCCUCAAGUUCUUCCUCCUGAAUCGCUGAUGGUGGCUUGACCAGGAGGAGAUAUGAUGACCAACAUCUAACAUCUCCACCUCGUCCAUGAGGUGCCACAAAACUAAUGCAAGCAAACUCUUUUCUCGGCCCACGUACCCUGGGAGUGUUGUGGUCUGAAUCUCACUUGGUUUCUGUUCCACUGAGGGUUCCCUUAGAUCCUUCUGUUGCUCUCAUCCUGUGCUCCUAAGUCCAGUCGCCAUUCAUAGAACUGUCAGCCAAGUUCAGCGGAUUCUAAGAAACUCCUUGAGGGUGGACUAUUCUCCAAGGAGAACCUCAUGUGUGUACACCUGAGUGUCUGGAAUGGAUGCCACAUUUACAUCCUUUUGAAACCAAAAUGGACAAGUGGAGGUUCUUUAUGGGGAGGGAAGGCUGAGCUCUCACUCAAUAGGUUGGACAGCCCCAGCUCCCUGAGCCAGUGAGAUAUUGACUUACAUUUCAAGAGACCACAGUAUCAGAAGUAUCAAAAUUUACAAGUGUCAAACAUUCCAAAAACUGAACAAUGAAGGGAGGUUGGGGAAAGCACUGUCCAAGAUGGCACAUCUCCCUCGACAUGGCCUUGGGAGUCACCCAGCAGAGGAAGCUUCAUUCUAGAUUAUGUAGUAUUUAUAGCAGAAGCAAUGGUAGGCUGGACAACAGGGGUUCAUGCUUUCCCUUUGACCUACAAACCCCCUUCUCACGAACUGCUUUUAUCUUGGCAAUUAGCGAAGGAUAAACACAUGCAGGUCCCAACUUCCUCUUUUCCCUAACUCUACCCGUAGUCCUAGAGCAGCGAGAUGGAAAGCUACGAAUGGAUUCUGUAUGAUUAUUUUCCCCUUCAUUUACAUCAACACCCAAACUGAAAAAAUCAACUCCCAUAAUCAAAAGGUCUGUAGGUUUCUAAUAACUGGAUUCUUUUUUAAAAUUCUUCUGCUACUCCUGCCCUUGCCCACCAACAAGCAAAUUUUUUUUUCACUGAGUUUAUUGGUACUUUUUAAGUGCACAGUACAGUUACAUUCAU